AAAAUAUUUGUGUAAUGUUCCACGUUGAAGUACUUUGUAGGCAAGUCUUACUCUCUCUCUAUCUUUCCCCUUUAUAAAUCCCACACACAUUGAUCCUUAAUCCAUAAGCAAAUAUCAAAGCCAACACAAAAAUAAUUAAUAGUAAUAUCGUUCUCUCUCUAACUAUAGAGAUGGAGAAGAACGUACCAUUAAGCAAGAAGCUAUGGAACAUCGUACGUUUUGUAAUGUACAUGAUACACAAAGGCAUCUCAAAGCAAAAGCUCCUCGCCGACUUUAACGCCACUCUCAAACGCGGCAAGAAUCUCAUCUUCCACAACCGCCGCCGCGUCCCAGCUUCCGCUACCGCCUCCACCGCAACGUCCCUACCGCGGAAAGAAUACGAGUUUAGCUGCAGCGACACUCCAAACUACUCAUUUCCCUUUAACAUGGCCGCCUUCAAGAAGAAGAGUCACCACAUUAGUCUCUUCGCGUGUGGUCACGCGCCACCGACCCUAGAAGACGACACUUCCGCCUCUAGAGCCGUGCUUGAGCUCCUCAGCGGUGGAGGUAAUCAAGAAAGCGGCUGUAACACGCCGGCUUUGGCGGCGUUGUCUCCUUACUUGCCCGGGGUUGGACGGAGUUCUCCGUCAGUGAGAGCUUUACGCGUGACGGACUCACCGUUCCCGUUACAGGAAGAUGGUGACGUGGCUAACGGACAUGUGGACAAAGCUGCGGAUGAGUUUAUAAAGAAGUUUUACAAGAGCUUGAAUCAGCAAAAGAAGAUGAUUGAGUUCUCACCUAAUUAAUAAAUCUAUUCCUAAAUAUUUUCUCUCUAUUCGGCUGAUUAUUUACGAAGUUGUAAUAAUAUUUUUGGUGGGAGGGUGGGAAUGAUUUUCUCAUUUCUUGAUGAAAUUCGAUUAUCAUGAAUAAAAAUUUAUUGAGUGAAAAUUUCCUACGUUGAUUUAGAAAAUGUAAUGGAAUGUUAAGAGACUA